GCCAAAUUAAUUUGUGCUAGUAAGUAUUGUUUGGAUAAGUUGACUUGGGGUGCAUGAUUGUUUUGGCAAGCUCGACGACUCAAUAAGCCUAAAGUCGUCUCUUCUUCCUCAGCCAAUUUUGCAUCAUCUUCUUCUAAUGCGUCCUUGUAACUUGAAUAUUUUACGGUGGAAACUAAUGUUGUUGCUGGUGGACUGCUCUAGCUGCCGUACGCCGCUUCACCUCCCUCCCGGAGCCACCAGGAUUCGCUGCUCUAUUUGCCACGCCUUCACUCUCGUCGCUCCUGAGCCCCACCACCAAUCUCACGCUCCGGCGAGCCCCCUUCCUUUCUCCAACUCAUUUACUUUUCCACCACCAUCUUCUUCCCUAUACCCACCGGUGCCGUCUCCGUCCGUCUACCCGCCGCCAACCUUAAGUCACUCAUUAUCGGCACCAUCUGCUUUUAGUCACGUGCCAUCGGCACCGUCUCCGUUUAGUCACGCACUACCAGCACCAUCUCCGUUCACUCAUUUGCCGCCAGCACAGUCUCAUUUCAGUCACGUGCCUUCGUCUUCUUUCAAUCACGCGCAUUUGGCACCGUCUCCGUUCAAUCACGCGCCGCCGGGUCCUCCACCGCCGGUACAUGGAGAGAAGCGAGCGGUGAUCGUCGGGGUGUCUUAUAAGGAUACAGAGAACGAGUUGAAAGGGUGCAUCAAUGACGCUAAAUGCAUGAAGUUCAUGUUGAUGAAGCGUUUCAAGUUCCCUGAGUCUUGCAUCCUUAUGCUCACCGAAGAAGAAGCGGAUCCAUUAAGAUGGCCAACGAGGAACAAUAUAACAAUGGCAAUGCAUUGGCUGGUUUUAAGCUGCAAACCAGGAGAUUCACUAGUCUUCCACUUCUCCGGUCAUGGAAACAACCAAACGGACCUCAACGGAGACGAGGUGGAUGGCUUCGAUGAGACCCUUCUUCCUGUUGACCACGCAACCUCAGGUGUCAUUGUAGACGACGAGAUCAAUGCUACAAUCGUACGUCCUCUCCCUUAUGGAGUCAAGCUUCAUGCCAUCAUUGACGCUUGUCAUAGUGGCACCGUCAUGGACUUGCCCUACCUUUGUAGAAUGGAGAGACCCGGAAAGUACGAGUGGGAAGACCAUCGGCCUCCAUCAGGGAUGUGGAAAGGUACGAGUGGCGGUGAAGUUUUCUCCUUCACUGGCUGCGACGAUGACCAGACCUCAGUUGACACUCCGCAAUUGUCAGGGAGUGCGUGGACGGGUGCAAUGACGUAUGCAUUCAUUCAAGCCAUAGAACGUGGACACGGAACUACUUAUGGGAGCUUACUGAGUGCGAUGCGAUCAACAGUUCAUGAGAUCUUCGACACAAACAAAGGUAGAGAGCUUGUUGAAGUGGACAGCGAUUUUCUCAAUACUCUUCUUGGUUUGCUCAUCUUAGGCGCUGCUCCAUCUGCGGGUGAGGAAGCAAACCAAGCCCCACAAAAGACUCAGGAACCACAACUGAGCGCUAACGAGGCAUUUGAUGUGUACGAGAAGCCCUUCUCUUUGUGAUAUCACCUCAAGGACAUACCCAAAACAAGAAGAGAGAAAGUAAUUUCAUUGAGCUUUGAGUGAGAGGAUAUGUUGCCCAGUGUCCAUAAUAAAUAUUUAUGUCAGCUUUUUCAUUUUUUUUAACGUAUGCUAUUACAUACCAUGAUAACAAUAACUUUUAUACUCCUUCCGUUUCGAUUUAAUUGUCGUUGUAAGAAAAAAAAUUCGUUUCAAAGUGUCGUUUUAAAGUUUCAAUGCAAAAUUUAUUAAUAA